CCCCUGACCUUUGUCUGGGCAGUGCCGAUUGGAACUGUGCUGAUCACAUCCACUCUCCCAAAAAAAAAAAAAAAAAAAAACCUCUUCUGCAAUACACACCAAACUGAACAUGUGCAGAGUGACUUCAUACUGAUGUCUUAUCAGUAGAUAAGAGGGGAGCACUGGAAGUAGGGGAGGAUCAGAGAAAAGACAGGAUCAAACAGCCUCUUUUACACAAUACAGAGGAUUAACCCCUUAGUUUCCAGUGAGUAUAACAAGCAUGAUUUACUGCAUAUACAGACUGAUUUUACUGUUGUGUGUUUAGUAACACUU